AUGUCGGACACUGCAGCUUCAGUCCCGGGCCAUGACACAAAGGACGAGAUGAAGGAUGAUGAGCGUCUGGCGGCGUGCUUCAAUUGCAAAAGGUCAAAACUGAAAUGCGUGAGGACGGCCGGAUCUGCGACUUGCACGCGAUGCCGGCAGCGGCGGAUUGACUGCGCGGCUCCGGCAUAUCAUGUCGGCAGACACAAAGCCUACACUAACCUUUUGUUCCUGGGGAAAAGCAAGCGUACUGGUCUGGAGAAAGCUGUUGAUCAGAUUGAGCGUGCCUUGAGGAGGACAAGCUCUAGCGGCGACCAGAUUCAGAACCAAGAUCAAGCCAAUGAAUUGCGCUUCCUGUUGGAAAGGAGCAGAGAGCUUUUGGGAAAUUCGAAUGGUUUUGAUGAUCAUGCUGCUGGCAGAAUAGACGAGAAUGACCACAUCUCAUCGCCAGUUCGAACAACUUCAUCGACAGAGACGCCUCCAGGUCAAGGACUCGGACGCGAUGAUGCAUCCACCCAAAGAGGUGAUGGGGACCAGCUCAGCUUGGACGAUGCAGAGAAUCCGCUGCAACUGCUUGCGCGGACUUCUGAACUGCUCUCGGCGAUACAUCCGCGCGUUGCAACAACCAUUGGCCUACCUGGUCACUCUGCUCCCAAGCAUGGGCAGAGAAGUGAUAAUGACCUGCAGAGGUUCUUUGGCCCAUUUCAACCUCGAUUAGACGUUGGAGAAGAGCUCGAUCCCAUUGAUCUUGGCCUCAUCACUCUUGCCGAAGCCGAAGCAUUGUUUUCAUAUUUCUACGAUAAGCUGGCCCAUACGCGCUGGGGUAUCGAUCCUGUGAUUCACACAGUCAACUUUGUGCGCAGCAGGUCGGCCUUUCUGCUCACAUCUAUUGCAGCGGCCUCUGCACUCUUCUCACCCUCGCUGGAAUCCUUGUAUAAGCGACUAGCCAAUCACCGGCAAAUGCUUGCAGGUAUUAUCAUGUCAAAGCGGUACAAAUCUGUCGAGAUUGUGCUGGCGUUCAUGGUGAAUAUUCCAUGGAUAUCAGCCGGGGAUCAUUGGGCAGACGAUGAGACUUCGACCUGGCUGUCGAUGGCCCUCACUAUAGCGUUGGAUCUGUCGCUCAACAAGAUUAUCUUGCCGGCCUCGCACGAGCCGCAGACACCGAAAGAUGGUGUAGCCACAGCCGAUUGCCUGGAUGCCAGGAAGGCUCUAUCGAUUGAUGGAUUUGCAGAUCUUGACCCAUUGUCCCUAGGCGCCAAAAGACUACUGAGACGAAGAGAGCGGACCUGGUUGUCACUAUUCGUUCUUGAGAGAGGUGUAUGCUUGGCACGCGGAAGGGAUUACGUUUUCCCCAUGACCCCUUUAAUCGAGAGCUGCGAUCAAUGGCACCUGUCUGAAUUGGCAGAUCGGUGGGAUGGAUCGAUAGUGUCAGUCGCAGUGCUGCGAAGAGACUUGGUAUAUAAUACUGACUCCAGAUUCCAGGCCAACCUGAUCAGCCGCGUCAAGGCCAUCUGUGACAGUUCCAGUAAUGACAGUGAAGCCGCAGUAGUAAAUAGGUUGAAAGGCGAAAUCAACUUUUUCUUCGACCGCUGGUAUCAAACAUGGCCACUACAGAUUGGUGACCGAGAACAACUUGCUCUUCCACCAUAUGUCGAGAUUCUAGCCUCUCACACACGUCUGUCCAUGUAUAGCAGCGUCAUCAACCACUUGACCGCCCCUGUCGCCGCCCGACAUUUCUUUCGAGCGGCCGGUUUGUCGUCUGCACUCAAUGUCUUGCGUGUAGCGGUUCAGGGGGAGAAUCAGCUCAAGUCGAUGCCAAACAACACGGCUAUCAUGAUCUCGUGCGCAGCAUGUUUCGCUCUGCGUGUUGGUACAGUGGCCGAUGCCCAUGGAUCGAGCUUGGCACCGGGUAUACGAACAUUAAUAACGGAGACGACCGACGUCUUGGAGAGAAUCGGGUCCACUCCAAUACAACGCAAGGGAUUGUCUUGCUUGUUUGCGAUACAACUAAGACAGAUCCUCAAAUUAGCUUCGCGAGCAUCAGAAAAUGCUAGAAGUCAUGCCGAACCAAGCAGAGAAACUACUACAGCGCCAAUUCCACAAGAUAUGCAAUCCGGAAACAUAUACAACAUGCCCGUAGAGAUAGCCCCGGUUACGCUGGCCCCAGAGUUUCCUCUCUUCUCGAGUAUGUCCAACGUGCAAUUGGACGAAGCCAUCAACAAUACCGACGUUGGGCUCGAGUCGAUAUGGGAGGAUUUCCAAUUCCAAAAUGUCACAGAUCUGGACUGGAUGGAUUGGUCAACGUUUGCCUAG